AACAUACGUUAUGUAUCUUCAUCUUUAUCGAGAACAAUAACAUAUCCAUAUCAGUCCACAAUAGAUCAAGUAUCCAAUCAUCACUUACUUGCCGCAUCAACCAAGAAAGAGAGAAGGGAGAAGAAGAAAAGUCAUGGAAAAUCAUCAUGUCAUAUGCUAAGCACGUGGUACAAAUAA